AUGGAUCGCCUCAUUUCUUAUGAGCAAGCCGGCCAAACGUCUCUGCUCUGGGGAAACCCUCCCGGGGAAAGCCCUCAGGCCCAGCCUAGUCCUGAAGCGUCGGCAGCCUUCGAGGCGAAUCCCGUCAACCCCAUCAACCCUAACAACAACAAUAACACCACCACCACCACCACCAACACGGAUGAUGCCAGCACGCCAUCCAAGUCCCGACGGGGACGCUGGGACCCGGAGCCGGACUGGUCGGAGAUGGUGCGUGCGAAGAUCUCUCGCUCUCGACGGACGGGGCAAGCCUGUGACCGGUGCAAGCUGCGCAAGAUGCGCUGCGAUGCCAACCCGGACGGCUGCAACUCCUGCAUCUCUCGAGGGUUCGACUGCAAGAUCACAGAUCGCCUCACUGGCGAUACUUUCACGCGCGGCGCCACACGCCGCAUGCAAAAAGAGAUCUUGGACCUCAAGAGACAGGUGAAUAGCCUAACAGAGGAGAACGAGCGCCUGGAGACGACCAACGAGAUUCUUCGUGGUCGGCUCUCGCUCUUCAUGGAGCACGUUGAGAGCGUCACCCCUAGUAGUCAAACCACGGAGCUGACUACUCCUGGCCCGGCCUGUCCCUGCCUGGUGGGCGAAUACUGCCCCAUGCACAAGCGGUUUGCGCCAGCCAAGGUCGAGUCCGAGGAGCAGUCGUACGAGGCGACGCUCUAUCAUGCUCUUACGCAGUAA